AUGGCCUCUGAAGAUCAAGCCAUCCUCGCAAAGAUCGGCCAGCUCGCUGGUCAGAUCAACAAGCACAAGAACAGUAAGACAUCAGAUAAUCAAACACAAUACAUGCCAUCGAUGAGUGCGAACACCUAUCCAAAUUACGCACAACCCAGCGCAGCAUGGGCAGCCAGUCGCGGGGGAUACUCGUCGAGAGGGCAUAGAGGAAGAGGUAGAGGAGCUGGGCAUGUACACAGAAAUCGCACCCUGGUUCUGAAUGGCAGCACCCCCGCUUCCGAGGAUCCCUCAACAUCUCAAUUUGCUACGAACGACAACCCAAAGACUGUCCCCGCCUGGGUCACCAAGAAAGACCGCCAUCUACAACUGAUAAAUACGAAUAUCUUUGAAAAAGAUAGCCAGAUUAGGGCUAAAGCGAUGGAGGAAACCCGGAGACAGAAACUAAUGCAGCGAGACUUGCGCGAAAAGACAAAAUUCAGCAAGCAUCUACAGCGUCUCGCCAACAACAAUUAUGGCGCUAUCGGACCACAAUCACACUCUGCAACUGCGCCCGCCAACUACGAGAUCAAUGUACAAGGAAUUCAAUUCCGAGUAGCGAAGAAUGGCAGCAAACUUGUCAAAGUUCCUGGUGAGCAGCCACCCACAGCCAUUGAAUACAACCAGGGCGAUCUGUGUACCCAAGAACCAGACUUACUCCGUUUAGGUGAUCUUAAUGCUGCCAAUGCUACACCGAAGACUGCCUUAAUCGGUGGUGUGAGGUUCUACAGAAGCAAAAACGGCAACAUGUACCGUUCUGGUAUCGUCAAGGCCCACCGGUACGAACGACUACCUUUCAAACUGGCGUGGAUGCCAUUACUCCCCUGCAGAACUGAUCUCCAUGAUACUAGGAAAAAUGCGGGCAUUAAAAAGAUAAAUGAACCUUGCAAAAUGUUCACAACUACGGGUAGCUCCUUUCUUUCCAGAGUCGUCCGACUGAAUUUGCAUUACAGAGCAACAUGGAGGAGCACCUGUUCGAAAGGCCCAAGAUGCCGUUAUAUUCAUGAUGCCUCAAAAGUUGCAGUCUGCAAAGAGUUUCUCUUGAAAGGGUCGUGUCCAAGUGGAGAGUCCUGUGACCUUUCACAUGAUCUCACCCCAGAACGAACUCCAAACUGCUUACACUUUGCAAAGGGACAUUGCUCCAAUGCAAAUUGUCGUUACACGCACGUCCGUGUCUCUCCAAGUGCUUUGGUCUGCAGACCCUUUGCGAUUUAUGGCUACUGCGAAAAAGGCACGAGCUGUGAAGAUCGCCAUAUUCAUGAAUGCCCCGACUUCAGCAACACUGGUACAUGUAGUACAAGAGGCUGCAAACUACCGCAUCGACACAAGGCGAGCGUUAUGCGUACCAACCCAGGCCGGAGUGAGGUAUCGGCAGAGGAUACAAGUAGUGAUCUCUCGAGUGAUGAGGAUGAAGAGAUCGACGACGACGAUGUCGAUUCGGAUGACCUUGAUGAGGAGUAUUUUGGAGAACAUGGAAAACCCGAUGCAGAGUCCAUGCAGCAAGAUUACGUUCAGUUGUCUUGA